AUGUCCUCAUCGUUGGCGUCCACACCUUCAUCACCAUCUCUUCGACCCACACCCGUUUCGCCCCCGGAAGAUGAAGGCGAACUUAGUACUCUACCCGAUCCCCGUAGCCGCGCUAUGAGCCCUGCGAGCGACGCCGAUACCUCCCACCAUCCCGAUCUCGACGACGAAGUAGCUACUUUGAGCACAAAGCUGAUCAACGCCAUUAAUCACCAGACGACCCUCGAUGACACGUUAACCGCUACGAGACAGGAAUUGGAGAGAGCCCGCGAGCAAAUCAGGCAUUUAGAAGAGCAGAAUGCGUCACAACGGGAAAUGCUCGCCGGCGACAUCUGGGUGCGUCGAAAAGUUGUCGAGGAGGAGAAGAAGACUAUUCUGCUGCGCGUGACAAACGAACGGAAGUUGCGAGAGGACGUCGAAAAGGAAAAGAAGAAGAUCGAGCAGGAGCUGGAAAACCUUACUACCGCCUUGUUUGAGGAGGCCAACAACAUGGUCAUCUCAGCCAAGGAAGAGGCGCGAAUUGAGCAGGAGGCUUUGCAAAGGAAAAACGACAACUUGAGGUCUCAGUUGGGCGAUAUGGAGGCUCUGCUGACUUCACAGCAACAGCAACUUGCCGAUCUCAAGCAUGUCAUGGAGCAGAUGGCACUGGAAAGGGAAGAAGGCACGACCGGAACAGCACCCUCAUCUCCCGGCUUCAGCAAAUCUGAGUUCAAGGAUGACGAACGACCCGACGGCGUGCUCGCCUCGCCUCUCGUUGACCCCUCCUCACCAACCUAUCCAACAAGCCUCACCCAUCUUAUCCAGCCUGUUCUCAGGACGGACUUGGGAUCCUACGAGGAUUUUGUCGCUCUUACCCGCAUCUCGCGCAAUCGUGCUGGCAGUCGUGUUUCGUCUGGCUCUUUCAACGGCAUUAGCGGGCUUGGUCUUGGCAUGGGCGGCAGCACUUCGAGCGCACACCCUUCAAAUGCAUCAACAGCUUCCCUCUCCACCGCUGGAACACCUGCUUCAUCUUCGCCGCAGACCCCCAAUACCCCAGCUUCCGUUUCUAGCACCGCCUCAGCAAACCUGGGCCCGCCUCCACCAGCACUGAAGGAGACCAAAUUCUUCAAGCGUGUUCUGGCAGAGGAUGUCGAACCGACACUUCGAUUGGAUAUCGCCCCCGGACUGUCUUGGCUAGCUCGACGCAGCGUGCUGAACGCCAUGAGCGACGGCUCGAUUGUCGUGGAACCCAUCCCUGCGAAUGCGCCAUUUGCGGCAAUCGUGAAGCCUCAAUUUUACCCUUGCUCUCUAUGCGGCGAUUCGCGCAAGGACGACGAACAUCUGCGGACGUACCGCUUUCGAACCAGCGAGUCGGAGUCAGCGCAGCGCUACCCUCUCUGCAAGUACUGCUUGGGGCGCGUCAGAUCCACAUGCGAUUUCCUCAACUUUCUUCGUAUAUUGAAAGAUGGUCAUUGGCGUGCAGAUGAUGAAGACGCCGAGAAAGCUGCAUGGGAAGAGAGUGUCCGCUUGAGGGAGCAGAUGUUCUGGUCUCGUAUCGGCGGCGGAGUUGUCCCAGCAAGUCAACCUGCUCCAUCCGCAUCAGAAAAGAGCCCUCGCUCAAGCCAUGAGAGUGACGCAAAUGACGUGGAGCCGGUGGUUGCUCAAGUACCGGCCAUCGUCGAAGCCGAUGAGAAACCAGAGAAAGACAAGUCCGAUGUCAAGGACGCGGACACACCGGAGGAAACUGAAGCACUGCCUGCGAGGCCAGAAACCCCGAACACAAGCAACCGAAAGUCCACACAGUCAUUGGCACCCGAAACAGCUGCCAAUGAAGGAAAGGACGGAGCAAAGGACGGCGAGAAGCGUUUGUCGCUCAGCAUUCCCAGCUCUCCGGAACCGACAGCAACUAUUACAUCCGAUUAG